GCCAUUCGGCGUAAUAGCUCCUCCUGUAAUCUUUCCAGACAAUCUCCGUUUUCUCCUAGUCAACGUAGACAGCCAGCCAUGAGCCAUGGGAUUUCUCUCUCUGUUAAAACGAAAGAAAAAGACAGCUGCGCUUACGAUACGAGUGGUGUCCAGAAAGAUUACAGGAAAAUCUAAUGAGAGUCUACGAAGAAAUGGGUUACCGUAAUCAUGCAUCGUAACAAACUUCCACACCGGCCCUGACUGACCCAGAGUUGUUUCCACAAAUCACCUUUCAUUAAUUGUUCUUCAAUUAGCUGUGGAUUAGUAGUCGUAGUACAAUUUGUAACCCCCUACAGUAAGUUGAAGCCUAUUCCGUUCUCUCCUCCCAAAAUCUAGGGUUUAUAAAACAACAACAACUAAAACAACAACCACCCCAUUUCCGCUUCUAAACGAUGGGACUAGACUACCCUCGAGAACCACCGAGCCAUCCCCCGCAAUGCGCAUAGGGUUUCGAUUCCGCCGUUGAAAUACUCUCCGCAACCGAUAAAUGUGCGUGUAGCUCUCUCUCUUUAUCUGUAUCCGUGUACAAGGCUCACUUUUCGCACCUGACCGCACGCGAUGGCCAAAAUCAGACCAGGCAAACGGGACUUGGACUCUUACACCAUCAGAGGCACCAACAAAGUCGUCAGAGCUGGGGAUUGUGUGUUGAUGCGACCAUCAGACAACAAUACACCCCCAUACGUUGCGCUUGUGGAGAAGAUUGAGGCCGAUAAUCGGAACAACAUCAAGGUUAGAGUGAGGUGGUACUACAGGCCGGAGGAGUCGAUGGGAGGGCGGAGACAGUUCCAUGGCUCAAAAGAGCUGUUCUUGUCGGACCACUGUGAUGUUCAAAGUGCUCACACCAUUGAAGGCAAGUGCAUUGUUCAUUCCUUCAAGAACUACACUAAGCUUGAAAAUGUUGGGGCUGAAGAUUACUACUGUCGAUUUGAGUACAAAGCCGCCACGGGUGCGUUCAUGCCUGACCGUGUUGCAGUGUACUGCAAAUGUGAAAUGCCAUAUAAUCCGGAUGAUUUGAUGGUUCAGUGUGAGUUAUGCAAGGACUGGUAUCAUCCUAGUUGUGUGAACAUGACCAUUGAAGAAGCAAAAGUGUUAGACAAGUUCCUGUGUUCUGAUUGUAAGCCUGAGAAUGAUAUGAAGAAAUCUCAGAAUACAGUUACCACCUCUUCACUGACUAAUGGCAAGGUAGAGUCCAAGCGCCGGAAGAAGUGAGUGCAUUUGAAGGACGGAUCAUGACCUGCGAAGAGCCAUGAGUGUUAUAGCAGUGGUUAUUGUUGGUGUUGUACAGUGCAGAUAACUAUGUUGGUGCUCUUCUUAGACUAACGAUUGUAGUAGCUUGUUGUCUCUUACCAAGUUGUGUGUGCUAGAUUUAAGAUAUGGUUGUAUCACUCUCUGUGCAGAAAGGUGAUUAAGUAGCUAAAUGUAUGAUCCAGAGUCCAGCGUGCUGAUUUUGUGCCUCUGGUGCUACUAUGGGAGUUAAUUAAAAUCUCACUAUCAACUUGGAACCA